AUGAGCAAGAGCCGGGCUGAGGCUGCGGCGGGAGCCCCCGAGAUCCUCCUGAGGUACCUGCAGGAGCAGAACCGACCCUACAGCGCCCAGGACGUGUUCGGGAACCUGCAGCGGGAUCACGGCCUGGGCAAGGCGGCGGUGACCAAGGCGCUGGAGCAGCUGGCGCGGCAAGGCCGGCUCCGCGAGAAGGCGUUCGGCAAGCAGAAGAUCUACUUCGCCGACCAGGAACAAUUUGACACAGUGAGUGAUGCCGACCUUCAAGGCCUGGACACCAAAAUCGUGGACCUCACUGCCAAGUUGCAGAGCUUGCAGCAGAGUUGCCGCCACAUGGAGGCUGAGCUGAAGGAGCUCACGAGUGUCCUGACCACGCCAGAGAUGCAGAGAGAGAUCCAGGAGUUAAAGAAGGAAUGUGCUGACUACACCAAGAGACUUCAGAACAUCAAAGCAGCCACCAACCACGUGACUCCCGAAGAAAAGGAGCGGGUGUACAGAGAUAGGCAGAAGUACAGCAAGGAGUGGAGGAGGCGGAAGCGGAUGGCGACAGAACUCUUUGACGCAAUCCUGGAAGGCUACCCCAAGAGCAAAAAGCAGUUCUUCGAGGAAGUUGGGAUAGAGACAGAUGAAGAUCACAAUGUCAAGCUCCCAGAUCCCUGAGUGGGGCCUCUGGCCGGCCUGGGGGAUGGACACUUGUGUUUAUGCAGGCUUUGUUGCUGCUGUGUUCUAUGAGUGGAGAAGAUGGGAAAGACAAAACAGAG